CGGCGCCGAGCUGCGAGCUCCGAGCUCGCGGCGGCUUUGGCGGCGUCCUCUCCCGUUCCGUCCGCAUGGAGCUGGGGGCCUCCGCGUCCUGGGCUCGCCCGCGGGAUCGCCCAGGGAACCCUGCGGCCGAGCGGCAGGAGCCCAGGACGGCGGCCGAGGCGGGGGGCCCCGGCCCCGGUGCGUCGCGAGCCCCCCUCUUCCUGCGCUGUCUCUACCUGGUGGGCUUCCUGUGGCCCAGUGCCAGGUCACAAUGCCCACCGCUCUCCUCACUUCAUCUCCUCACUUCGGCGUUGCACCAUCUCACAGCAGCACAGGAAGAAGGAUUUGUUUGGUGUCAGCAUGGUGGUGCCUUUGUUGAGCCUUCACGUCAAGUCUCUUGGAGCAAGUCCCACCGUCGCUGGAAUAGCAGUCGUUAUCCCGUUGUCCGUUCUGUGAGGGUCCAGCUGAUUCAGCUCUUGGUGUUGAUGUUUUUUGCAGGCUCGUCCUACGGCGUCUUGCAGCUCUUUUCUAGCACCCUGGUGGGCUGCUGGAGUGAUGUGAUUGGAAGGCGGCUUUCCUUGCUGGUGUGCAUUCUCUGCAGUGCCCUGGGUUAUCUUAUUCUUGGAGCCUCUACCAACAUGUUCCUGUUCGUCCUCGCUAGAGUCUCUGUGGGUAUUUUUAAACAUACACUCUCCAUUUCAAGGGCUAUGCUUUCUGAUCUGGUUCCAGAGAAGGAGCGGCCAUUAGUCAUUGGACAGUUAAAUACAGCGUCCAGUGUGGGCUUCAUCUUGGGCCCCAUGGUCGGUGGCUGUCUUAGUGAACUAGACGGUGGAUUUUGCCUGACAUGCUUCAUCUGCUUUUCUGUCUUCAUUCUCAAUGCUGGUCUCGUUUGGCUGUUUCCAUGGAGUGAAGUGAGUGUCCACAGUACAGAGAGCAGCCUGCGAUUGGGUGAGAACCAUGCGCCUUUGGACAAUACAGACUGUGCCGUGCAGGAGGCGAGCCUGGGGCCUGGGAGUGCGGAGGACCAGCAGGCCCACGGGCCCUGGGCGGAGGGCGUGGCCGCGCUGCGGGGCCUGAGGAGCCUGGUGUUCUCGGAGAUGUGGGACGUGUUUCUGGUGCGCCUGCUCAUGGCCGUGGCGGUCAUGCUGUACUACAGCAAUUUCGUCUUGGCCCUCGAGGAGCGCUUCGGGGUGCGACCCAAGGUGACGGGCUACCUCAUCAGCUACAGCAGCGCCGUGGGGGUCCUGGCCGGCCUGGUCCUGGGGCCCGUCCUGCGGCUGUACAGGCACAACUCCCCCAGGCUGCUGCUGCACUCCAGCGCACUCACCUUCCUGCUGCUGCUGCUCUACUCCACGGCCCCCACCCUGGGCGCCGCCGUCGUCCCCUCCGUGCUGCUGUCCUUCUCCACGGCCCUGGGCAGGACGUGCAUCACAGACGUCCAGCUAGCUGCAGGCGGGGCCCAGGCCGGGGGCACCCUCAUAGGCGUGGGGCAGUCAGUGACGGCCGUGGGCCGGGUCAUGGCCCCCCUCCUCUCCGGAGUUGCCCAGGAGUUCAGCCCUUGUGGCCCCCCCAGUCUGGGCGCGGCAUUAGCGUUGGUGGCUGUUUUCAUAAUGUUGCUGAACAAACCUCGCUAUGGUGGUGACCGGAGCGGCAGAUUAAAACGUGAAUAGAAUGGAUUUGGACAACACAAGCGGGAUCCGAGGGUGUGAGUGGGGAGAGGCCAGGGGCGAGGGUGCGUUGGGAAGGGUGAGUGUCGAAGUGGGACACUUCCAUGCGGCUCCUCCAGGCCAGCCUCCAGCUCUGCGCCUAGGCCCGGGGCACAAUCAGAGCCCAUCAAGGGGAAGGAAAGCAGUGAUGGGAGGAGAACCUGUGCGAGGGCAGAGGCCCACGGGUUUCUCCCCUCAGUAAAAGCAGACUGCGGUCAGCCGGGACACAGGCGCCUGUUCAUUGUGUGAGCGAAGAGGGGCUUUUCUUCUGUCUGACCCUGGAGACUGAAGGAGCUGCUGAAAGCCGGUCUGUCAUUCAAGUCAGAACAAAGUUACGGAUGCUGGUUCCACCUGGGACCUGGUGAAGAGCCAAAGGCCAGCCUCACCCCUAGAGACUGAUCGCGGGCCUGGUGAGGCCAGACAUCUGCUGCAUUGGGUCAGUACCACGUGCAGCUCCUCGUGGAGGCAGAGAAAGGAGCUCUGAGACAGGCUGGUUUUGAUUAGAGUAAAACCCAGAGAGACGUGGCUGCCUUUAUUGGGCGCUAACUCUCCCCUUAUUGGACUGCACUUCCCCAGCUCUCGGCACUGUAGCCCCUAACACGGGUGCAGAAUCAGAGUGUCAGGCGUCACGCCUUCUCGGGGGACUUAAUUCUGCAGCGUCUUGUGUUGAAGGUCAUUUCCUUUGUUUUGCUGUCACACCUGUGAAUGAAAGAGCUGUUUUUCUCCAGGGACAGGGUUUGGUGAGCCUUUUCCGGGGCCUAGCCUGGGCUGCCAUUCCAAGAUCAGUGCCCAAGGGGUGAGGGCCCGGGGGGCUCGCAGGGCUUGGAGGAAGGCGCUGGUGGGCACUUCCUGUUUGGAUGACAGCAGUCACUAAUAAAAGUCAUGUAGGU